CGCCCCUCGUGCGUGCACUUGCCCUCUAAGGGCUGCCCACACCGAGGGGUUCCCAGGUUCUGCCCUGGAGGGGGCCAGGUGGACCUCUUGCCUCUCCGAGCAGAGCCUGUGUCGGGCGCCCCCCCGGAAGGUGGGGCGCCCCGGGAAGAUGUGCCGCGGGCUCCCCUGUACCAGUGGGUGCUGGGGAGGGUUGGAUCAGAGAAGGCGGGGUCCGAGCAGAGGAAAACCAAAGACGCGAGUGUCAGUAGUUUUUAAUCCAAUUAAUUCAUUGUUAUUAUUCAAUUUGACCACAGAGAGAGUGAGAAAGCAAGGUGCCAGGUCCAGGACUCGAACCGCAGUCGGCCCUGUGGGAGUCCAGCACUGUCACCACCAUACCACCUGCCCGCCUGGGUGUCAGUGCUUUACUCGAGCGAAGAGACCAGAGGCUGGGAGACCCUUGCCUCACUUCAGGCCUCCCCUGGAGCCCUCCAGCCUCUGCUCUCUCCACUUUACGUGGCUGGCCAGCUGCCUUGGCCACAGGCUUCGACUCCCAGGAGCUGAGGUCUCUGGGGACAAGGUGGCAGUGCAGAGUCCUCUCCAGGGUCUGGCGGGAGGCAGGCUCCUGGGGCCCGUCCACCCUUGGGGCAAGUGACUGUUCAUUUGCGCAGGACAAGACGCGGCGUUUCCGUGGUCCCUGGCGGCCUGCCAGCGCACACACUCCUGCGUCUGUGGUCUCUGGCAAGGUGUCACUCUUUGAAGUCCACCUGUGCUUACCCGGCUGCACCUCCCUCGUUAAGCCCAGGCUGACGCCAGCGGGGACGCCAACACAGGCCGCCCGGCUGCCAUAACCAGCACGGCACCGCCCAGGUUCUCUACACCCGAGUCCCAGGCGUAGCCCAAGCGGGGCUGCAGAAAGCCCGGCCACCAGCAGGAGGCAGCGGCAGGCACCAUGGUGACGGAGCAGGAGGUGGAGGCCAUCGGGCAGACACUGGUGGACCCUGGGCAGCCCCUGCAGGCCCGCUUCCGGGCGCUCUUCACGCUGCGGGGGCUGGGCGGCCCGGGCCCCAUCUCCUGGAUCAGCCGGGCCUUCGGCGACGACUCCGCCCUGCUCAAACAUGAGCUGGCCUACUGCCUGGGCCAGAUGCAGGACCCGCGGGCCAUCCCCGUGCUGGUGGGCGUGCUGCAGGACAGCCGCCAGGAGCCCAUGGUGCGCCACGAGGCAGGGGAGGCCCUGGGGGCCAUCGGGAACCCCGAAGUUCUGGAGCUCCUGAAGCAGUAUUCCAGCGACCCGGUCACCGAGGCGUGGUGCGCGAGAGCUGCGAGGUGGCCCUGGACAUGUACGAGCACGAGAACGCGCCCGCCUUCCAGUACGCCGACGGCCUGGAGCGCCUGCGCGCCGCGCCCUCCUAGGCCCGCCCGGAGCCGGGACCCCGCUAGGCCAGACUGCUGGGGGGGCAGGGGCUGUAACCCUUGCUGUGUUCAGCCCGCCUGCCCCCCCACCUCCCACCUUCCCCACCUUUCCCCUGCUUCCGCAUCUCCUCCAGGCCCAUCUGAAGCCCCCAGGGCCAGCACAGGACUGGGCGCAGGGUUCUAGGCGCACGGCUGGAAGGGCUGGGCCUGCCCUGCUGUGGGUGUCCAGGGAGGGAACGUUCCGGGAGCGGGGGCGGUGACUGGUUCAUGAAGGUGAGGACCCGAGGCCUCUAACCCUGUACCCCCUGGGAGCUGGGUGGUCCCUGCAUGGGCUGGGUAGGGGGGCAGGCCUCCGCCCAUGUGGAAUAUUAAAUUAUUUUUGCCAAGUGCG